CGGUCGCACGUGGGACGCGCUGAAGCGCUGUUGGCGGUGCCCGUAUGCUCGUGGUUUGGGCAUUGCGUACGGCGUGGGAGUGGUGUCGCGGAUGCUUGGUGUGCUUUGGUUGCCUAGAAGAGAACAGUGCUCAAGCAUCCCGCGUCAAGGAGCAUUGCGGUCGUUAUUCUUGACUACAUUGGCAUGAAGGGAUAAGUUUGCCUUGUACGCCACGGACGCACUUGUUUUUACACGGGCACGCGGUUUCCUGAGUCCACGGUGCUGCACAUACGAUCAGUAUGUCAGAAGCAAGUGCAAUGGACAAAAAAUCACACGUGGCCCUCCGUCUCCGCCUUGCGUCCAGGCAUGAUGCCUUUUUGACUGAGCCACACAUCCAGGUUACAAAGAACGGUGAGAACAUACUAUGUCAGGCAGGGGACAAAGUGAAUGUCAUGAGCUGUGCAACAGGACAAGUUCUUCAUGCUCUAGAAGCCAAAGAUGACCCAAUAUACACCAUGGAACUCAGUCCCAGUGAAGAUGUUUUGGUCACGAGCCACACCUCUGGACUGCUGCGUCUCUGGGAUUGGAAGAAGAAUGAGGUCCAGCGUGUAUGGAAGUCACUGCAUUCUGGACCCAUCCCUGUUUUGUGCUUUGAUGAGACCACCACCCUAGUUGCUAGUGGAGGAGUGGAUGGAACCAUCAAGGUGUGGGAUACAGUCCGCCAGUACUGCACCCAUAACUUGAAAGGAUCUGUGGGUGUGAUCAGUGCAAUUGAGUUCCAUCAAAGCAGUAAUGAGAUAUUCAUAUAUGCUUCUGGGGAUGAUUCUGUGGUACGCUGCUGGAACCUGUCAUCAUCCGACAUUGUGCAAGAGCUGCGUGGUCAUUUCAGCAAGGUAACCAGCAUCAGUAUCAACAAGUCCCAGCAUCAGCUGUUGACCUGCAGCCGUGACAAGGUGUUGAUGCUUUGGGACCUACGGGAUGGAACACUGGUUCGAACAGUGCCAACCCAUGAGGUGAUGGAGAGUGCUGUCCUUGUCCCACCAGGUGUGUCUGUGGCUGGCAUCAAGGGUGGCAGCGCUGCUCUUGCCAUCACUGGUGGAGAACGUGGGGUUCUGAGAAUCUGGAACUUGGCUACGUCUGAAUGUGUUUACAUGCAGGAGGAAGCCUCCGGCUCACAAUCAUCAGUCAUCUGUCAGUUGUGCCAGAGUGAGAUGAGCAAGACCUUGACAGUACUGAAUCAUGAGCAUAAUAUCCUCAUGUAUGACCUGGUAUCAAUGGAGUUGAAGCGACAGUAUGUUGGAUUUAGUGAUGAGAUCUUGGAUGUAGUAUUUUGUGGUGAUGGAGAAACACACAUAGCUGUUGCCACAAACAGUUCAAUCAUCAAGAUAUAUGACGUGUCUACGUUUAACUGCCAGCUUGUCAAAGGUCACGCAGACACUGUCCUUUCUCUCUCUGUGUCUGCCAGCAACAAGAACCUGUUUGCGUCGAGCUCCAAAGACAACACGAUACGUCUGUGGUACCUGGACACCUUCCAGAAAGCAUUGUGCCUGGCCGUCGGGCCGGGACACACGGCGUCUGUGACGUCAGUCUGCUGGAGUCAGCUGACCACCGGCUUCGUCGUGUCGGGCGCGGAAGACAAGUGCGUCAAGAUGUGGGAUGUUCCGGCGUCGGUUCUCGGCUGGCUGAAGAAGUCCGGC